UUUGAUUACAAUCAAGAAAGGCCAACCUCAGGUAGAGAGUAGUUUGGGAGAACAGGAGUGCGGGAAGGUGGCCUCCCGGGCCGGCUCCGUGUUGCUCCCCGGAACCCCUGGGGAUCCGCCCUUCCAAGAUGCACUUGCGGCAGGCUCCUCACAGGCUGGUGUUUUUCCACAUUUAAAAAUUCAUGACUCACUGAAAACAAUAAAAAUCCCAUGCCCUUUUUGUACUUUAUGAUACAAGGACCAUAGGCUCCUUUGACUUCCAAAUAUAAAAUCAUGGUACCAGUGCAUUUUCUUAGCACAAAGCCAUCUGUCCCCUGGUUGAGAAUUGCUUUCCAUGACCCUGAAAACCUAAAGGCACAGUGCUGGAUGAUAGGACCUGCGGGUAACGCCAGGUCAGCUUCUGAGCCGGGAGGACCUCAGAGCCUGCCCCUUCCUGUCCCUCAGACUCUGCUCACCUGACUGCGGAAGAGGGGGGGUGGGCGCACACAGUGCUGCUCCGAGAGGGAGGGGCUUCUUUGGCACAUAAUUAGUUCCUAGCCUCCUAGGGUCGUGUGGGCCAGAGGUGUGAAGAGAGGAGCAAUUAAUACAACUCUGGCUCCAGGGAGCCAGGUUCCCGCUGCGGGAAAUGGAAACAGGUUGUUGAACCAACAACAGACAGUCCUUCUAUACACAGUCGUGCACACACUCCCACACAAACAGCCUGUCUCACCCUCCCCUCCAGACCUGUGCACAGACACAUCCACACGAGCUCGGAGCUCUGCCAGCCACCGGGCGUUCCAUCGGCACCCCGAGUGACAGACAGGCACACACCUGCCAUCAGUCCCAGCUCACUGUGCCCAUUAGCCCCUCUCCUCCUUCCCCUACCCCACCCCCCAGGAGCGCACUGCCUCUUUAAAACCCGACUCUGAGGGCUGGGCCCACAAAGGGUUCCGAAGGUGGCUAUUGAGUGGCGCUUCCCCAGGGAAGGGAGGGGAGGGGAGCAGAGACAGAUGGGAGGCUUGUCCUGUUGCGGGUGAAACUCUUGGAUGGCUAAUAAUGAGCUGGGCACUCUUCCUACCCAGCCUGCUGCUGAAUGCCUUAACCUCUUCCUAACCCAGCCCCGUGGGGGCUCAGAGGUCUUCGCCCCACUGGAGUACCUCCCUCAGUAUCGUGGCCCAGUUUUAUGGUGCCGGGCUGGUAUACCCUCCGACCCCUGCCCGGCUCGCCAUCCACUGCCCUGUUUUCUGCCAGGAUCUGCCUUUCCUGUUGCAAGUAGUUGUUCCCGCGCCAUUGCUUUCUCCUUGCUUCCCUGUGGGCAUGUUUUGUCCUCUAGCUUGACUGUGAGCUCUUCAAGUGCAAAGAGCGUGUCUGUUUUCCUGUGACUGGUGCCCCAAGCAGAGCUCUGCACACAUGGGGCGCUCACGAGCAAAUUAAUUCACAUGCUGUCCAUUCCGACCAGCCCCAGGUCACACCCACAAGACCCGCCCAUGUCUCUCUCUCUCUCUCUCUCUCUUCUGUACAACAACUCCGUGUCCUCCAAGCCAGAAGGCUAGCCUGAGCCCCUGCUCUCCGUAUCCUUUUGCGGUUUCAACCCUGAGAUGCCUCCUUAGUUUCACUGCCCUAGAAGCAGUCCCUGCCUCUGCCCACAAGCUGCCCUCCUGCUGGAGGGUGGGAACUGGCAGGACCCAGAGGAAAGAGGCCCGUCUCUACUCCUAGAGAAGUAGGACAUGUCACUGGGUAAUGACUCCCGUCAGAAAGGAAUCAUGUGCUGGGGUGGGGGUGGGGAGGUGGUAGAGGGUGUGAAGGUCCAGCCGGGAAAUCACGUGGAGGGUGUGGAUUUGACACAGUGGCUUCGGAGAUCCCUGGGGCUUGGUCAAGAGAGCCCUGUCUUCUCUCCUUCCAACCCUCAGAGACCCUGACUUCACACCCAUGAGACCAAAGUGAGGUUCACCUCUGAGACUAGUAAUCACUUGGGUUUCUCAUGUUGGGUGAGAUAAACCAGGCUGCCUGCUUUUUCUGGGAGACUGAAGAUCUCACCAGGGGAGUGUGCUGAGGUUCCAGAAAGAAUUCAGCUCCAGAGUAGCUCUUGCUUGUGGCCUUAGAAUCUGGAGUCUCACCAGGUAGAUCCCUCCCCACUAAACAGGUGCACCCCUUCAGGCCAGAACAAAGACCCAAGCUGUUUGCAGCCGCAGCCGCUGGCUGGGAACGGAGCCAGGGCCAGCACCGAUGCCCCCGAAUCCUCUCUGCCAAUAGCCCCGAUUGCCUUGGCACGAGCCCUGUACUCCCCACUCCUGGCUGGGCAGAACUGGGCAUUGCUGGGUGCUGUCAUCCUGGGGGCGACCGCAAGCAGAAGGGGGUAAUCUGAAUAGCUCCCCACUUCCCUCUGCUUCUCAACAUUCCUGCCACGUCAUCUUCUGUCUCUCCUUCUGGUGUCUGGUUGACCUGUUCUCUGCUUCUCCUCCUUCUGACUGCGUGAGGACCCCUCCUCUGGACAGGAGCUCUCUUCUGGGUUCCCGCCUGCCACACCUGCUCACGGCCACCAACUAGGUGACUACGUGCUGGGUGGAUGAGGCUGGGGCCGGUUCCACGCACUGCCUCUCCCCGCAGGCUGAGCACGCCGGGGUCCGCACCUACUUCUUCAGUGCUGAGAGCCCCGAGGAACAGGAGGCCUGGAUUCAGGCCAUGGGGGAGGCUGCCCGAGUCCAGAUCCCCCCAGCCCAGAAGUCAGUGCCCCAAGCUGUGCGUCACAGUCUACCAGCCCCUGCCCAGCUUCCUGCUGGGCUGGAGUCACUUACAACACCUCCCUUGGCAUCCCGCAGCCAUGAGAAGCCAGACUCGGAGAAUAUCCCUCCUAGCAAACACCACCACCAGCCAUCCCACAACAGCCUCCCCAAGCCCGAGCCAGAGGCCAAGACUCGAGGGGAAGGUGAUGGCCGGGGCUGCGAGAAGGCAGAGCGGAAGCCCGAGAGGCCUGAAGUCAAGAGUGAGCCUCUGGUGAAAGCCAAUGGCAUCCAAGCCGGCCCGGAACCAGCCUCGGAGCCGGGCAGCCCUUACCCCGAGGGCCCAAGGGUCCCAGGGGGAGGGGAUCGGCCUGCCCAGCCCAAUGGCUGGCAGUACAGCUCCCCAAGCCGGCCAGGGAGCACAGCUUUCCCGCCCCCGGACUCAGAGAGUGGGGGCCCCCAGCGGAGCUUCCCCCCACGUGCCAACCCCGACAAGAUCGCCCAGCGCAAGAGCUCCAUGAACCAGCUUCAACAGUGGGUGAACCUCCGCCGGGGGGUGGCCCCCCCUGAAGACCUCCGGAGUCCCUCUAGGUUCUACCCCGUGCCCCGCAGGGUCCCUGAGUAUUAUGGCCCCUACUCCUCCCAGUACCCCGAUGAUUACCAGUACUACCCACCAGGGGUGCGGCCUGACAGCAUCUGCUCAAUGCCAGCCUAUGAUCGGAUCAGCCCGCCCUGGGCCCUGGAGGACAAGCGUCACCCCUUCCGAAACGGAGGCGGCCCUGCCUUCCAGCUGCGGGAGUGGAAGGAGCCACCAGGCUAUGGGCGGCAGGAUGGCACCGUCUGGCUCCCUGGCCCCUCCCCUUCCCGGCAGCCAAUCUAUUAUGAUGAGCUGGAUGCCAUGUCCGGCUCCCUGCGCCGCCUGUCCCUGCAGCCCCGCUCCCACUCCGUGCCCCGCUCGCCCAGCCAGGGCUCCUACAGUCGCGCCCGCAUUUACUCCCCCGUCCGCUCGCCCAGUGCCCGUUUUGAGCGCCUGCCACCUCGCAGUGAGGACAUCUAUGCGGACCCUGCUGCCUAUGUGAUGAGGCGAUCCAUCAGCUCCCCCAAGUAUGAUUACCUGGGAGACAGGCGGCCAGUCCCUGCAGGACUUUUCCCCUACAACUACCCAGCAUCCCCCACGGUCCACGAUAAGACGGAUGAACUUUUAGACCUUCAGUUGCAAAGAAACCUAGAGUAUUUGGAUCAGCAGAUGAGUGAGAGCGAGACUCUCAUCAGUAUGGUGAACCGCAUGGUGGAAAACUCCUCCCCCAGGGCCCAACUCUUCAUGCAAGUCCCUCCGUACCCAGAGGUGUUCCGGGACGGCCUCCACACCUACAAGUUAAACGAGCAAGAUACAGAUAAGCUGCUGGGCAAACUGUGUGAACAGAACAAGGUGGUGAGAGAGCAGGACCGGCUGGUGCAGCAGCUCCGAGCUGAGAAGGAGAGCCUGGAAAGUGCCUUGAUGGGGACCCACCAGGAGCUGGAGAUGUUUGGAAACCAGCCCACCUACCCAGAGAAACUGCUGCACAAGAAAGAGUCCCUGCAGAACCAGCUGAUCAACAUUCGGGUGGAGCUGUCCCAGGCCACCACGGCUCUGACGAACAGCACCAUAGAGUAUGAGAACCUUGAGUCGGAGGUCUCUGCCCUGCAUGACGACCUCUGGGAGCAGCUCAAUCUGGACGUCCAGAAUGAGGUACUCAACCGGCAAAUCCAGAAGGAGAUCUGGAGAAUCCAGGACGUGAUGGAGGGGCUGAGAAAGAAUAACCCAUCUCGUGGCACCGACACGGCCAAGCACAGAGGAGGACUUGGCCCCACGGCCACCUACAGCUCCAAUAGCCCCGCCAGCCCUCUCAGCUCCGCCAGUCUCACCAGCCCCCUGAGCCCCUUUUCGCUGGUGUCCGGCUCGCAGGGAUCCCCCACCAAGCCCGGGUCCAGUGAGGAGCCCGGCCCGCCGCGGCCCCCCCUUCCCAAAGCCUACGUCCCCCUGGAGUCUCCUCCAAACGUGCCUCCACUCCCUAGCGAGAGCCGCUUCUGGCCGUACCCCAGCUCCCCUUCCUGGCACCGCAGUGGCGAGCCAGCCAGGGGUCAGCCCAAAGCAAGCUAUGAGCAAAGCAAGAAAGACCCCCACCAGACAUCACCCCUGGACACCGCUAGAGACAUCAACCUUGUGCCCACCAGACAAGAGGUGGAGGCAGAGAAGCAGGCAGCUCUCAACAAAGUUGGCAUUGUGCCUCCUCGGACAAAGUCGCCCACUGAUGAAGAGGCAACUUCGUCAAGGGUGGUGAGGAGGAAUGCCAAUGGGCUUACCAAUGGACUCUCCUCCCAGCAGGAGCGCCCCAAGAGCGCCGUGUUCCCUGGAGAAGGCAAGGUCAAGAUGAGCGUGGAGGAGCAAAUCGACCGCAUGCGGAGGCACCAGAGCGGCUCCAUGAAGGAGAAGCGAAGGAGCCUGCAGCUCCCGGCCAGUCCGGCCCCCGACCCUGCCACCCGGCCCGCCUACAAAGUGGUGCGCCGUCACCGUAGCAUCCAUGAGGUGGACAUCUCCAACCUGGAGGCGGCCCUGCGGGCAGAGGAGCCCGGAAGGCAGGCCUACGAGACGCCGAGGGAGGAGAUCGCCCGGCUUCGAAAAAUGGAGCUGGAGCCCCAGCACUACGACGUGGACAUCAAUAAGGAGCUGUCCACGCCGGACAAAGUCCUCAUCCCUGAGCGGUACAUUGACCUGGAGCCCGAUACCCCCCUAAGCCCCGAGGAGUUGAAGGAGAAGCAAAAGAAGGUGGAAAGGAUCAAGACGCUCAUUGCCAAAUCCAGUAUGCAGAACGUGGUGCCCGUCGGCGAGGGGGACCUUGUGGACGUGCCCCAGGACUCAGAGAGCCAGCUGCAGGAGCAGGAGAAGCGGAUUGAAAUCUCCUGUGCCCUGGCGACCGAGGCCUCCCGCCGAGGCCGCAUGCUGUCUGUGCAAUGUGCCACCCCAAGUCCUCCCACCUCCCCUGCCUCCCCGACUCCACCAGCCAACCCCCUAGCGUCUGAACCCCCACGGGGCGCCGACAGCAGCCAUGCCAUGCGGGUCUGAGCUCGGACUGCAAGCCCUGGCAGAGGCCAACGCUGUGAAACUCCACAGAGCCACGUUCUGAAGGCCGCCUCCGCCCCCUGAGGUCCUGCUCCCCACCCUGGCCCCCCAGGCCGGCGUUCCUGUGGGGACGCUGCAGGGAGCCAGGCUGGGGGCCGGGGUUGCCACUGCCGCCAGCGCCACCACCAGGAUACCUCAGUGUCCACACGCCCACCACGCCCGGCCUGAAGCCCUUCACUACUCAGAUGGCAGUUCCUUGGCCAGGGCCUGAAAGGACAGGCAGGAGGCCCCCUCCCGUCUGGGGCCCAAGUCAUAGGGAGCGAGGGCUGGCCCUGCCUGGCCCUGCAAUGGCCUUCCUGGAACAUUUCCUGACGAAGAGGAUGCCCCACGGGGGAAGACGCCCUGGGCUGUCUUAGGUUAGGACCACGGGGAGGAGAAGAUGGACCCUCUGCCUCUCCUGGGCCCUCUGGACACCGAGGACAGCACCUGCAAUCACGUCCUGCCUCCAUCAGCCCCACCCUGCUGCCCCGGCUGCACCCAGGGCUCUGAUGUGGCUCUGCUUACGGGUGCUCCUUCGGGGUCCAGUGGAGACCGACCACCCUGCUUGAGCCAAAGACAAGAUGACGAGAGGGGGAGAGGCUCCUCGGCCCCUGGAGGGGACAGGGCUGGCUGUGGGUAGAGAGCAAGCAGCACGCAAGUCUGUGCAGCGUCUGAGGGCAGGUUGAGAAGGGCUGGAAGAGAGAGGAGGGUUGGAGGCAAGUGGGAGGGAGGACAAGGAAGUGGAGGGAAUUGUUGGCAAGAAAGAGGACAAGGCAGAGAUGGAAAAGGGGGUUAUGGGAUUGGUUUCCCCAGGAUGGAGCCUUAGCUUAGUGCCAAGUACAGUGCCAGACUGUCAGCUCUGCCUCUCUACCUGGUCCCCCAGAUCCACGGGCUGCCCACACACUGGCUCUGGGAGGAUCCACUCGCAAGCGCAUGGGGGCCUGAGACUGUGGGGAUGAAGGUGUGGGGACGCUCGUGUGGGUGAGCAGGUUGGAAGAUGGACCUGUCUUCUGUAGGGUGUAGUCAGCCUCGGGGCCUUUCCUAACCUUGUUCGUUUGGGACAUUUUCUUGUCUUCCCUGUGGAAUGUGUUGUAGGCCAGCUGAGCGAGUGCCCCUGGAGAGGGAAUGUGGCCUCAAUCUGGGAGGCCAGAUUCUAGGACCCCACCCCGCAUUCCAGGCAUCCCCCCCCUCCCCGCCCCGUCCCGAUGAGGACCAGAUGAGGCUGUAUGAGAGGACUCCCUUCCGGCCUGGCUGUCUCACAAUCCGCCUACCCAGGGAGGCCAGUGGAGGAGACACAGAAGCAAAGCUUUCUCUUCCUCCUUGCGGCUCAUCGGCUCAUCUUCGAGGACUGUGGCCAGAGAGGAGGGAGGAGAGAGUGUGAAGCUGGGAAAAACCUUGGCCCCUGGGGCUUCUCUUUGCCAGAGUUGAUGCCCGGAGACUUCAGCCUCCAGCGGCCCCAAGAACAACUACUUUAGCUGCCACCAACUCUUCUCCACUCCUUCACGGCUGGGACGGUUACUGGUUCAUAUGCAAGUAAAGAUGGCAAUUCAUUCAACAAAUAUUUAUCGAGCACCUUUUAUGUACCAGGCACUGUUCUAGGUGCUUAGGAUAUUCUCGUGCUUCUGAGGGAUUGCAGGCUGGGGACUUCCACUUCACUUUCGGCAGAGGUUUUGAACGUGACCUUUGGCUACAUUUCCCAUCUUUAGCACAGCUCAAGCACCCCAAACCUGUUUUGUUUUCCUCCCUUUACACACUGGCGGGUGGGAUUGGCUCUCUGCCUCUUUCCAAUGCCUUUUCCCGCCCACAAGAAACAGCUCUUUGGGGGCCUUCCAUGCCUUCCCCUUUCUUUGUCCGUCUCUCCUUUUUUUAAGUGAUAUUUUUAGAAAUACAUGUAAAAUACCAAGGAUUAAUGUCUGCACCUCUCUGCCACCUCGCUGUCACCUCCUCUUUCAUAAAGCUGGCUCUUUAUGUUGCUUUACAUGCCUUAAUAUAUGUUUUAUGAAGAUUAUACAUAUGAUAGAUAUAUACAUAAUAUAUAUAUUUGUUUGGAUGUCUGCUCCUUUCCCAGGACCUCCUGCCCAGGCCCGUUUUCUCUCCUUCACUUUCCACGCCAUUCCUAGCACGUCGUGGCCACACCCCAUGCCUUUUGAUCCAAAGAAGGGGAGAGGACAGACUUAUUUUAAGACAGAGCUAUUUUACGCUUUUGUUAUAAAAGCAAAUCUAUUUUCAAAAAUGUGCAAUGUCUGAAUGGAACGGGCCAGUGGUGGGAGGAGCCUGGGCCGGCUGCCUCAAGGUCCAACCCUGCGUCCUUCCCUCUGCCCCGGCGGCUUCCUCCUCCCAUUCUCCAGUCUGCAGAGGGCUGGUCCCCAGAGCUCACCCGGAGAGCAUCUUACCAGGGCGGGACACGCUCUUGCAAGUCCUGGUCUAAGGAUUUGAUUACAACUGUCAACUCUUGAUGACCCGCUAGGGUUACGGGAUGUGAAUCCUCUCAAAGGAAAUGUUUACAGUGGUGCACACAGAAGCAUGCCCGUGCGGGCACACACAUGCCCCCAGUGUGCUCCUGGACCACCUCCCUUCAUCCGUCUGCUGGGAAGGGCAGACGGUUUAACGGCAGCCGAUGCUACACCACACCAAGGAUUCUGUUCCCUGAUGGAGUCAGGAAUCAGUGCAAAGGCCAAAGGAAAACAGUUUGGGAUUACGGGCCCUCCAGCACAGACACAUUCAAGUUCCUUGGACUUCUCACACUCCUUGAUCUCUUUCUGGUCUGGGUCACACCUACGACUUCUGUCUCCUUCUGUGACCUUUCCUCUGGGGGCUGUUAUUAAGAGGACAGAACCUCGGUCUGGCAUCCAGACUGCGAAGUCAGCUUCUGGCCUGAAGCGAGCCCCUCGGACAAGGUAACGUCUCAGCCUUGCCUGGGAGGCCCCCCCCAACCCCUGGACUUUCAUCUGGUGGGCUGCCGCUGGGGCGCUGACCUCCACCGACCCAGCCUUCCACAUGGCUUCUCGACCCCCAAAGUAGGCAAGGGGCUCUUCGCCUUGCAAGGAUUCGGCCAGAAUGGAAGUCUUUCGUCCAGAUCUGGAAUCAAAGGUUUGGGACUGUCACAGAGCUCCUGGCCAGCAUUUGAAGCCUGACCUUCCAACGUUGACAUUCACUGACACCCUAUUCCCAGCCUGGAGCAUCCUGUUAUGAAUGAAUGGGGCCCAGACGGAGGCCCAGGGCUAAGUGACCCACCGGGAGACAGCCCUGGUUACUAUCCUAGGGCCUCCCCAAUUAGCACAUCACCUUCCUGAUCAAUAACCAAGAGGCUGUAAUCAAAUACUGCUACUGUCACUUUAAAGAGUUUCUGAGGUUGCCAGCUGUGCACACUUGGUCUCCUGCCUUGGUGAGAGGCAUGUUCUUGGGCAGGGCUGAGUAUAGCAAGACGGAAUCAAUUCCUUUCCCCUUUAGGCACACCCCCCCCCACCUGGCAGCUCUUAAAAACUAAGGAAAAUAUGAAAUAUACGUAUAUAUACAUAUAUCUAUUUAUGCACAUACUGGGGCCAAUUGGAUUUGCUAGUCUUAGACCAUAAACCAUACAAGCAAAUAUAUGAUCUCAGUGUCUUUAUUUAGUAUAAAAGUGACCUUAGAAGAAAAGUUAAAGUUAGAUAAACAGAGGGCAUCUCUGUUGGGGGACCAAACAUCUGUAGCGGCCCCUUUAGCAUCUUUCUAGCCAACAAGCCCCUCCCCAGGGAGGGGCAUCCUGACUGAUAGGUGAGCAUUUGCUUCUCUGCUCCGCGACAUUCUUUUUAGAUCUAGGUACUGAAGAAUCCCAGUGAGCUCUGCGUUUGUAUCUUGCAAGUUUGUAUAAAUCUGAUACAGGAAAUAAAAGGAAUGGUUUGUACAA